AUGGCCAAUCAUAAAUAUAAGAAGUACUGUAACAUACCUACUACAGGUUCUCCUGAUACUGGCACUGUUGCUUUAAGCACUCCUGGAAUUGAUUCUAUAUAUUAUGGGACAAUUCAGGUAGGGACUCCAGGUCAGACCGUCAGAUUAAACUUUGAUACUGGCUCGGCAGAUUUUUGGUUUGCCUCUUCUCUUUGUAUUAGCUGUAAUGUUGGAACAGAAAGAUUUGAUCCUUUUAAGUCAAGUACCUAUGUACCAACCAAUCUUACAUGGUCAAUAGCUUAUGGUGACACAUCAAUGGCCAGUGGAAUUAUUGGCUAUGAUACUGUUAAUAUCAGUGGACUUUUAAUCAGCAACCAAGGAGUUGAAUUAGCUUCUAAUGCUUUUGUUAUCAUUGGGGACUAUCCAGCGGAUGGCUUUCUUGGACUUGCAUUUAGCUCUGAUGCAACAAUUAAGGGUUUUCAGACACCCAUGGAUAACCUGAUCAGCCAAGGUCUGAUUAGUAAGCCGUUAUUUGGUGUGUUUCUUGGGAAACAGUCUAAUGGAGGCGGCGGCGAAAUUGUAUUCGGUGGAUACAAUCCUGCUCACGUUAAUGGUCAUCUAAAACAUGCUCCUGUUAAUAACACUCGUGGUCUGUGGGAAAUUGAAAUUGAUGGCAUACAUAUUGGAGACAAUUGCUUACUAUAUAACUCCAGCUAUCUCUCAGGUGUACUUGACACUGGUACAACUCUCGUUCUGUUCCCACAAUAUGUAGCUAAUGAAGUGGCUAGGGCUUAUAAUGCCACUGAAAAAGAUGACGGAAGUGGCACAUAUAUUAUUAAUUGCGAUGUUUCAAGUUUUUCUCCUCUUGUCUUUAGCAUUAGUGGCACAGAAUUUAAGAUUCCAUCCGAAGAUCUUGUCUUUGAGGAUGCUGACUCUGUUUGUACUGCCGGAUUUGGCUAUUUUAAUGCCCAGUUUACUAUACUGGGAGAUGUUUUUCUGAAGAAUAACUAUGUAAUAUUUGAUUUAGAAGAGCCUGGUGUUCUUAUUGCACCAUCCAAAUAA